UGACUCUUAGAAGCCGCCUUUAACGACCGUCCUUUCUUAACUAUUAGCAGCCUCCUAGCUAACAUUCAAUGCUAGCAUACAAGCUUUUUUUAUCAAGUUGUGCAUUGUUUUUUCAACUUAUAUCUACCACACUGUAGAACAACCUUAACAAUGCUCAAAAUUAUUGCUCCACAAUUGGAAAUACUAGCUUUAUUAAGCCUCAUCGGAAGCUCUAUAUCAUCACCAUCUUCUGAUGUUCGCGGCUCACAGUUCGAUAUAGCCCUUCCACAUUGCUCUGAUAAGUGCGGUAACAUUACCGUUCCUUACCCAUUUGGCACAGGGGAUGGGUGUCAUUACGGCAACUCUUCAGAAGGCAUACACUACAAUCUCACUUGUGACCACACUACUGAUCCUCCUAGUAUAAAAUUUGGUCCUGAUGCUGUGGACGUAGUUAGUGUCAAUUUAGAUGGUGAAUUGUUAGCAAAUCACUACGCUUCAUAUAGUUGUUUUGAGGAACACAAUGAGACUAGUUUUGUUAUGUCUAUUGCUCUAGGAAGAUUGACUAUUGCACCAACUAGAAACUCUUUGGUUGCAAUUGGUUGCGACACUUUUGCUUGGUUUAGUGGUACUGGCAUCACUAAUGGGACACUUUUUAAUUCAGGUUGUAUGACUGUGUGCAAUUACGCGCAGAAGGAUCUUCUGCGCGAUAAAUGCUCUGGUAUUGGAUGCUGCUUGGGUUUCAUUCCGGAAGGUGUAAACAAUAUUAGCAUUGAGGCUAAGAGUUUCGAUGAUCAUCUGAAUGUUUCGGACUUCAAUCCUUGUAGUGUUGCGUUUAUGGUGGCGAAUGAUGCAAUGCCUCAUUCUUUUGGGGAUUUGUUAACACAGGAUGCUAAUUUUUUCAGAAAUUUGAAGCUUCCUGUGAUUCAUCAUUGGUCAAUUGGAACAGAGGAUUGUGAAACUGCAAAAUCAUCAGGGGAGUACAUAUGCAAGGCAAAUAGUGAAUGUAUUGAGUUACCAUUUCAAAGGGGAUACCGCUGUAAAUGCAAUCUUGGGUUCCAGGGUAACCCAUAUCUUCAUGAUUGCCAAGAUAUCGAUGAAUGUGGGCAAGGAAACAAUACUUUGUGUAUUAAGCCAGCAUAUUGUGUCAAUACUGUUGGAAGUUAUGAAUGCUUAUGCCCAGAAGGCUACAGUGGAAAAGGCACAAACAAUGAUCCUUGCAUUCUUGAUCUCAACACUACUCAUCGCGGUUGGUACAAAUUGUUAGUAGGAUUGAGUGUAGCCUUAGGAUCAAUUCUUUCCUUUCUCGCUACAUGGUGGUUAUACUUAAGGAUUAAAAGAAGACAAGUUAUCAAGCAAAGAGCUAAAUACUUUGAGAGAAAUGGUGGUUUAUUGUUGCAACAACAGGUAUCUUCAGAUGAAGUAGUAGAAAGAAUAAAAAUCUUUACCAUUGACAAGUUAGAGAAAGCUACUGACCACUUUAAUGAGGAUCGAAUCCUCGGACAAGGAGGCCGUGGUACUGUCUAUAAAGGAAUGCUUGGUGAAGGAAGAAUAGUUGCCAUAAAGAAGUCUAAGGUAGUGGAUGGAGAAAAUCAAGUGAAAGAAUUCAUCAAUGAAGUGGUAAUUUUAUCAGGAAUCAACCAUAGAAAUAUAGUUAAGUUGUUAGGAUGUUGUUUGGAGACAGAAGUUCCGUUAUUAGUGUAUGAAUUUAUCCCUAAUGGAACACUUGAUCAUCACAUUCAUAAUCCAUGUGAAGAGUUUCCAAUAACUUGGAAAAUGCGGCUGCAAAUCGCUUCAGAUGCAGCAGCAGCACUUGCUUAUUUACACUACUCGUCGUAUAUUCCUAUCUUUCAUAGGGACAUCAAAUCUUCCAACAUACUUUUGGACAAUAGGUACAGGGCAAAGUUAUCAGAUUUUGGGACUUCAAGAAUUGUGGCUACUGAUAAAACCCAUGUAACUACGCGUGUUAUGGGAACUUUUGGUUAUUUAGAUCCAGAGUACUUUCGAUCUAGUCAAUUUACUGAAAAGAGUGAUGUUUAUAGUUUCGGUGUUGUUCUUGUUGAGCUUUUAACAGGACAAAAGGCAAUACGUGCUACGACAGAAGACUUGGAACAAGAUAGAAGUUUGAUAUCAUGGUUUCUUUCCCAUAUGAAAAACUCUAGUCUGCUUGAUAUUUUAGAUUGUCAAGUCCUAAAAGAGGGUUCAAUGGAAGAGUUUCUCACAAUUGCUGAACUCGCAAAUCGAUGCUUAAAAUUGGAUGGAAAGAGAAGACCAACCAUGAAAGAGGUGUUACUAGAGAUAGAAAUGAUAUUAUCACUUCAUUUACCACGAAUGAACGAAUCAAAUAGGCCGGAAUCUGAGCAAGUGUUUGCUGAAACUACCUUAAGUUCACACUAUGAUUGUGUUUCAACUUCUUGCACAUUUAAUUUGGAAAGUAUUACUUCUUUAAGUUCUGCUGAAGAGUCUUUGCUAUUUAAUACAAGAUGAUGCAUAUAUAUGCUCUUUUUUGUUA